UUGAUCUGCUCAGUUUACCAGAAGAGACUGGAAGUAAACCAGGUCACAGUGGGAGAACUUUCCCUGCACUAGAAAACAUAUCUGGCAGAUUUCUGUUUUAAAAAGGACAUUUUCAUUUACAUUUCUGCUGCAUCUUUGUCUCCGCUUGGCCUUCCAUCAGGGACGAUGAUGGCUCGGGGAUUUUACAUAUUGGCUUUGCUGGCUUUUGGACAGGCUCUAGAAACUACUACCCAUGUUGGUACUUCACCGGAAAAACUGACCAAAGCCUCUGAUUCAAAUAAUGGAUCACAUAGUACUAUGAUCCCGCCUACAACAGUUUUCACACCGACUUCUACAGCUAUGCCUAUAACCAUCACUAAAACUGUUUCUCCUCCAAACACCACAACCAUUUUAACAACCAGCCCCACCCCCACUGCUGCCACCCAGACGAGUACCACUACCUUACUGACUAGCACCAUGCCUGAAACUACUGCUCCAACGACCACUUCAUCUGCAACCCCUUCCAUUGCUACAAGUGGUACGACCUCCUCUAUGCCGACGACUACAUCCCCUCCGCCAAACAACACUUCAUCUGCAACCCCUUCCAUUGCUACAGGUGUUACGACCUCCUCUAUGCCGACGACUACAUCCCCUCCGUCAAACAACACUUCAUCUGCAACCCCUUCCAUUGCUACAGGUGGUACGACCUCCUCUAUGCCGACGACUACAUCCCCUCCGCCAAACAACACUUCAUCUGCAACCCCUUCCAUUGCUACAGGUGUUACGACCUCCUCUAUGCCGACGACUACAUCCCCUCCGUCAAACAACACUUCAUCUGCAACCCCUUCCAUUGCUACAGGUGGUACGACCUCCUCUAUGCCGACGACUACAUCCCCUCCGCCAAACAACACUUCAUCUGCAACCCCUUCCAUUGCUACAGGUGUUACGACCUCCUCUAUGCCGAUGACUACAUCCUCUUCCCCAACCAAUGCUUCGUCUGCACCCCCUCCCACUAUAACCUCCUCUACACGAUUUCCUCCUACAAACUCUACAGCCAACUCUACCACCCCACACAGUGGAGGGUCAGGUGUCAGAGCUUCUCUGCUGUUUUCUGUCAUGCCAGUGUUGCUCUACACUCUACUGCCACCGAGCAGUAACUGGUAAAUUUUAACUUUUUGAAAUUGUGUCUUAGGGUGAAUGUUGAAUAAUAGUGAAUGAAGAUGCACUCCAAAGAUGGGGCAGAUUUAAGUUAAAUUUAAUGUGCACAUUAAUAAACUUCAGGUAUUUGGAGGUCAAUAUAAAAAGUAGUUUUGGGCA